AUGAAGCUUUUUACAUUCUUCCUCAUUCUGUGCGCUUGGAACUAUCCCUUCCAGCCCUCCUCCUUUAGAAACUCAUCCAGCAAGAGUAACUUGAACAACAUAUUGGGUGAACUCAGGGGAAGACUUUUAAAGGGAGGCACGUCAGUAGAGAGACACGCACAAGAUGCUGUGCUACGAGAAAGGCUAGUCAACAUACUCCACGAUGAUGACGAAACGAUUAAAGUUCGAUUAAACGAGUUGAUACAAGAGGAGAAACGCAAAAAAAACGUGGAAUCUAUAUUACGUUAUGGAAAUUUGCCAGAUGAAUUACCGCGAAGUAGCAAAUCGGGAAAAGGAGCCAGUGCAUCGAAACGCCAAUGCAAACCUAAGAAGAAAGCAAAUAUAGUACGCAUUAAGGACGAAUCUACCGACUCACUAAAUUUUUCAAACGAAACUUACGGUUCAACAGAUUCGCUAAGUGGAUCAACUGACACGGACAGUUCCACAGGAUCACUAAAUGGAGAAAUGGACCAUGACGCAUCCACGGUGUCGCUAAGCUUACGAAGCGAUUAUGACGCUUCCACAGAGUCUCUAAGCAUCGAGAGCACCAAACAUGGCUCCACAACAACUUUGGAUUCUCUCCAACUAGAUAAAUAUUUAGAAAAAGAAUUUGAAGACGAGCUAAGUUACUACGAAAGAAGGGAAUCAAUAAACCUUGGUGAUAAAUAUUACGAACAAGAUACCAUUACAGAAAAAAUGAAAAAUUAA